UUGCGGGGCAUGCUAAAAGGCCCGCGCGACAACCCGGCACCAAAGUUUGUGGCGAGUGGAACCACGAGGAAUUUAAAAUUUCUUGCAGCUGGUGCAAUUGCUGGUGUGGUGUCACGGACAUUAGUUUCACCCCUAGAGGUGGUCGCAACAAUUAACAUGGCAGCAGUGGGCUCAGUAGAUGGGCCCCGCGAUUCCCUUAUGCGCCUUUGGGCGGUAGAAGGAUUAGCUGGAUUUUACAAAGGGAAUGGAGCAAACUGCCUCAAGGUUGCGCCAACAAAGGGAAUUCAAUUUGUCUCAUUUGAGUUUUUUAAACGUCAGAUAUUGAUGCUUAAGCGAUGGCAUAACAUGCCUGAGAUCUUAGAACCAGUCGAACGACUGAUAGCAGGCGGCUUUGCAUUAUGCAGUGCCACUUGUAGCUCAGCAACAUUAUGUUUUUGGUCUGUAGGCUGGCAUGAUCGCUGCAGCCUGCGUAUAUCCGCUCGAGACUGCGAAAUCCUUACUUACAAUUGAGCGUGGGCGCUAUGGGGGCAGCAUCUUUAACUCGCUGAAAGCUGUGGUUGAUGAAAAUGGGUUGGUGGCUCUCUAUCGUGGUCUCGUGCCCACUCUUAUUGCGAUGUUUCCCUAUGUUGGUGUUGAAUUCUGCACAUACGAAACCCUGCGCUCAGUUCUAUCCUCUCGUUGUAAUGCCAGUGCUAUUCAAACAAUGAGUCUAGGCGCAUUUGCUGGCACAGUUGCUCAGGCCAGUUGCCAUCCACUUGAUGUUGUGCGUAAGCGGCUUCAGCUGCAAGGCAUAGGAGAACGGCCCGUGAAAUUUAAUAAUAUGUUUGAUGGGCUCGCGGGCAUCUCAAAAGCGGAGGGCAGACGGGGGCUUUACAAGGGCCUCAAACCUGCCUGCCUCGCUACUCUCCCAAGCACUGGAUGUUCCUAUGUUGUGUACGAAUAUGCAAAAGGAAUCUUUGGCAUCGGCUCGGUUACGUAG